AUAGGAUUCUGAAGAAACAGCGAUAUGAUAUUUGGGUUGGCGGCCACAAUCUGGUUUUGGGAUAACAUCUGACUCGUCAGAAAUGCUAUCAACUAAAUCUUCAAAAGAUGAGGAUAAAACAAAGUCACUGCGAGGUUAGAGAAAAGGGUGAAUUUUGUGACAAGUUGUAUAUUGAGAAAAAAAAUAAAAAACACAAACACAAAAGUGAAAAAAAAUCUAAGAAAAAAAAGCAUAAAAGAUAUUCUACAUCUUCAUGUAGUACUAGUGAAAGUGAUGAUGAAUAUGUUAAAAAGAAAAUGAAAAAAAAGAAGAAAAAAAGUCAUAAAUAUAAAGAUAGUCCAGACUCAUCAGAAAAAAAAUUGAUUGCACCAGAAACAUCUAGAAAUUCUAGUAGAGACGAAUGGAUGUCUUUGCAAAGUUCAUUCGGUACAUUUACCAAAUCAGAACUCAAUAAGGAUAAAAUAAAGAAAAAUUUGAGAAGAAACAAGAAGAAAUAUAUGCACCUGGAAAAAGUAGUAGAGAACUAAAUCCUUAUUGGAAAGAUGGAGGAGAUGGUUUACCAAGUAUGAAUCAAAAAUUAAAUUUUAUGAAACCUGAUUUUGAUUUUACAAGCGAAAGAAACAAUACUAACUCUGAAAAAAAAGGAAGUUGGAGGAAAAAUGCUGAUGUGCACAAGAAAGAUGAAUUCAAAAAUUGUAUGUCUCAAAAUGAAGUUAUAAAUACCAGACCCAAGCAAGAAGCUAGUUCUCAACCCGAAGAAGCUGUUUUUCUUACUGACCAGCAGAUGAAUGAAUUGGCUGCAAAACUAGUAAAAGCAGAAAUUUUAGGUAAUCAAAGCCAGAUAAAUGAAUUAAAGCAAAAGUUAGAUGCUGCAAGGGAAGCACGCAAAAAUAUGCCUGCAGCAUCUAAUGAUAAGAUAAAAGAAAAUGCUGUUCUUCUGACAACUACUGAUUCCAGAGGACUGUCAAGACCGUUACCAGAUCCGAAAAGUGAAAAAGAUCCUUAUUAUGGGGGAAAAUCGAAAAAGAAAAAAGUUGUUGCUGAAACUCAUGUUGGUGGGAAAAGAGCUAAAUAUUUUGCUGAUGAUGAUAAACAUAGUUUACGCGAUAUGUUUGAAAAUGAAAGAUUCAAUACAACAGAUAAUCAAAACAAGCAGUUUGCAGAAAUUGUUGCCAAGCAUAGAAAUCCUAAUGAUGAUCUUGAAGAUGUAUUUUCAGAAAGUAUAAGAUCUUGUGAUAAUGAAUAUCAAACAGAUGAAAAGGCUAAGAAUAGAGCUAUUCGAGAACAUGAAAAAAUAUCACAAGUUCUAGAUAAUUGUGAUAAAUGCUUGGACUCUAGAAAAAUGGAAAAACAUUUGAUGAUAGCUAUGGGGGAACAUGUUUACUUAAGUUUGUUGCCAACUGAAGGUUUACAUGAAGGACACUGUUGCAUUAUACCAAUUCGACACGUUGGGUGUUCAACUCUACUUGAUGAGGAAGUUUGGAGAGAAAUACAAGAUUUCCGUAAAGCAUUAACUAAAAUGUUCUUAUCACAUGGUAUGGAUGUAGUAUUUUUUGAAAUUGCUAUAUAUUUGAAUAAAAGACCACACAUGGUGAUACAAUGUAUUCCUGCACCAUCAAAAGAUAUGGAACUAAUACCGUUUUACUUUAAGAAAGCAAUUUUAGAAUGUGAAGGUGAAUGGUCCCAUAACAAAAAAUUGAUAGAUUUAAAGGGUAAAGAAGUUGUGAAAGCUAUACCAAAAGGUCUGCCUUAUUUUUGGGUAGAUUUUGGAGAUGGAACGGGUUUUGCUCAUGUUAUAGAGGAACAAGAAAGGUUUCCAAGAAAUUUUGCACAGGAAAUUAUUGGAGGCAUGUUAGAAUUAGAUCCUAGAUUGUGGAGGCAUCCAAAAAAACUAAAUAAUCCCAUUCAAAAAGUGAAUGAACUAGCUGCAUGGUGGAAACCAUUUGAUAUCACACAAAAAUAAGACCAUAUUAUAUGUAUGUAUUAGCAUUUUAAUUUGUAUAAAAUUGUCAUAGUUCAUAUGAUACAUAACAUAUUUACAUA